CGCGCAGUUUUGUUGAAGGGAGCAGCCAGCGCACGGGUGAGUGAGUGAGUAAGGGUGUGAGAGAGAGAGCAAAAAAAGGGGGGGUAAACAUGGAUACGAGUUUAGGCGACAGUUUUAAACUAGUCCUGACACCGAAGUGACGACCCACCAGCUCCUAAGUGGCCACUAACUGGAGGUUAUUAUGCCCAGCGCAAACGUGUCCGUGCGAAGUUUGUCCGAAGUCGAGAAAUACCUCAGCAGCAGCACCAGCAGCAGCCGGAUGGACCGGAGUAGAGAGAGCAGUUUUAUAGGCCUGCCCCUGUCAAUGCGGCGGGGGUCUUCAGAGAAUAAUUUGGAUCUGGAGCUCUGUGAUGGAAGUCCCUAUCCUGCUCUCGGCUUUGAGGUCCAGCGUAGUCGCUCGUGCUUGGACAGCCUCCAGCAAAAGAUACUGAAAGUCACAGAACAGCUUAAGAUCGAGCAAACGACACGAGAUGAGAAUUUAGCUGAGUAUCUGAAGCUCAUGGAUAGUGCGGACAAGCAGCAGGUGGGGCGCAUCAAGCAGGUGUUUGAGAAAAAGAACCAGAAGUCAGCUCAGAACAUUGCCCAGAUGCAAAAGAAGCUGGAAACGUACCAUCGAAAGAUGAAAGACAGUGAAAUCUAUCAAAGCCCUCCCGCUCGCUCUUCCUCUGUUAAACACAGCACCAUACCCCGGGAGUCACCCAGACAGCUGAGGGACAUGACAAGCAGUGGCCGACACCCGACCAUGGACAAGAUCAAAACCAUUGGACCAGGUGUUUCGCUGUCUCCUCCUUUCUUCUUCAGCAAGCCCAGAGAGUUCGCCAACCUCAUCAGGAACAAGUUUGGCAGUGCUGAUAACAUUGCCCACCUCAAAACCACUCUGGACUCUUCUUCUCCACUGCCCACUGACACUGAAGGAAAGGGACUGGGUAACAGCACCUCUAUAGUGGGCAAACCCAAGUAUCCCAGUGAUGACGAGUGCUCCUCAGGCAGCGCUUCUGUUUCAGACAAUAAUGGAAACCCAGCAGGGGCAGGAGCGUCUGCAGGGCCGUGUCAGAGCCAGGCUAAGGGGGACCAAACAGGGGAAGACAACCAGGGCAGACUUGCCCUGACCCUGGAGGAGGUGAGGGAGAUUAAAGAUGCCCAGAAUCAGCUGGAGGAGGAUAUAGAGGAGUUAAAGGCACAGUUCGAGAGAGAGUACGGGAUUAUCAGCCAAUCACUGCAGGAUGAGAGAUACAGGUAUGAGCGUUUGGAAGACCAGCUGAACGACCUGACAGAACUUCACCAGAAUGAGAUGGCAAAUCUGAAGCAGGAGCUGGCCAGCAUUGAGGAGAGGGUGGCCUACCAGGCUCACGAAAGGGCCAGGGACAUACAGGAAGCCCUGGAGUCGUGUCAGACUCGCGUGUCCAAGCUGGAGCUCCAGCAGCAGCAGCAGCAGCAGACGGUCCAGCUCGAGAGCCACGACGCCCGAGUCCUGCUGGGGAAGAGCAUCAACGUCAUGGUGGCCAUCAUCACUGUCAUCCUGGUGUGCGUCUCCACUGCUGCCAAGUUUGCUGCUCCACUGAUGAGGAGCCGGUAUCAUGUGGUAGCUACCUGCCUGGGAAUUUGUUUUUUGACUGUAUUUUGGAAGAACUGGGACCGUUUACAGUAUGCCUUAGACAGGUUAUUGAUGCCUGCUUAAUAGGAAAGAAAACACACUGAAAAUAUCAUUAACACGGAAGCUGUAAGUUGUCAGGAGAGGACGGUCUGAGAGGAUUGGUUGUACAAUCAUCAGAAGACGUAGUCGCCAUGCAAUUACACAGAUCUCUCUUUUUUUAGUCAGACUGAAAUAAAACUCUUGAUUUUUUUCUCCUCUAGAACUUGAAUGUGUGUUACUAACUAUUUCAUAUAACAUUCAAAUUUUAUUUACAUAACAGCAAACUCUGCUAGUUACCCGGUGUUUGCUCUGAGUCAAGAGGGGGGAGGAAAAGUGAUUUUUUUAUUAUUGAGUUACUGUUUUAGGUAAAUAAUCCAUAAAUAAAGAUGUGCAAUUAUUCUUUCUCGUUUGUCUUAGGCUUGACUUUAACAUAAAUCAAACUACACUCAAAAACUCAAACAAGACCUCGGUCGUCGUGUCUUGUUGUCCACGCCUAUGAAAUUCUAAUUCCACUGAAGAGGACGCUUCCAUAUUUAGGAAUAUUUGCAUUUAUUUGAUAUUCUGAUUGACAAAUAUGUGCCAGCAGACAUUUCGUUUACAAAAAGCACAAACUGUUAUAUGGUUUUUAAGAGGUUUUGCUGCUGGUAGGUAGACUUUGCAAAGCUGUUCCUCAGUGUCCUCAGGCUUAGUUUUAAGGUACAUUAACAGGUUGCAUGAGAAUGAAUGACCAUAUUUUUCUAAUUGUGAAAGUAAUUGUUUCACUGGAGAAUCUGCAGACAAAAAUUAGCGACACUGGACAUCCUAUUUUUAUGCAUUCUUUUUCUUCAUUACGUUUUUUAAACGUUGUCUGGCCUUGUCCUAAAGUGCAAUAUAUUUGAUUUCCAAGAGCACAGUUUGUUUUUAACAAUUAUUCUUUUACGAGUGGGCGUUCUUACAUCAGUGACAGGGAGCUGGAAGGAAGGAAAACAACACUAAUGUUAGCACGAGAGAUCCAUAACCACGGAAGUCACUGCUGGGCUCUGACAAGACCAGCUGUCUCUUCUCUCAAGGGCCAAAAAAAUCAAUCCAUCUGCAUUAGCGCAUGCUAGUAGCGUAAUAUCAGCACACACCAGCUCUCUAGCAUAGACACACAGCACAGUCGCUCAUUUAGUUCACUGUAUAUACAGUAAAUAAUGUCUUAGGCUUUUUGUUUCCCCUACUUCCACUUUCAUGUUGGACUUUUACUAAUAAUGUGACAGAGAGAUGAUGGGGUAUACUGUGAUACAAUGCCUUUUUCUGAGGAAAAAUGCAAUUCCCUUCUUAAAAGAGCAAAAAAACCAACAAAAAAAGCCUUCACUACUCGCAGCAGAGAGGAUGCAGGCGAAAAGCUCUCAGUGAAAAACUACAAGCCUAUAUUUUUUCUCCUCUUGGACUUAGAGUUGUGUUAUUUCAUUUUGUCUUGUAAACGUUGCCUACAAGAAUUCCACAUGAAGCCGUGGACCACUUUUAAUGUCCGUCUGCCACAAUAAUCACCUUUGCGUUUAUAUUUAUCGUCAUCUUUCUGUUUUAAGGACUGUAUGAUUUUUUUGUUUUGUUUUGUUUGUUUGUUCCCGUUUUGACAUAUUUAAAGGAAGUUUUACAAACAGAACUAAAAUCUGGUUUACAUGCUGUUUUCAUCUCUGGUGCACUAUCUGAUCAAUCAGUUGUAUUUUUAUGCAUUAUGUGCCUUCGUCUAAUCAUUUCUGUUAAAUUAAACCUUUUUAAAUCAACCUGUUUAUGGAAUUGAUGUUGAGUGACUGUGAUUUUUUUUGUUGUAUUUGUGUCAUUCUGUAAAUGUGGACUGCUGCUAUAAAACAACAAUGUUCGGUAAAACGCCAUCUGAGUAAGAUAUUUAUAUCAGCGGAAAAGUAUGAGUGCAGUCCUUGUUAAUAAUACUGAUUUUUAUUUCUCAUUAUCUUAUUUUCUUAUGAGACAAAUAAACCUAAUUCAAGCA